AUGUGGGAAGUUGUGUGGACGGAUCCCGACAGGGAGUCCAGGAAAGAACAUCGCGAGCGCAAGGCAAUUGAGCGAGAACACAAGGAAAAGUCCCGCACAACUAGAAGCUCAAUGUCCACUAGGAGCUCUUCUUCGUCUGACAACAAGCCAUUCAGCUUCUUCGGGUCCAAGGGUCUCAAGAGGACACUUACACCGUCAAGCGUCAAAGUACCCAUGACACCCGCUCUGAAAAACCCGAGCAUUGACAGUACCUUCAGAGGCUCGCUCUUGUCAGCUAUCUCGGAGCCACCGCUGCUGUCUACGGAGCCCCCCUGUAGUCUGGUCACGGUCGCGGAUCGCACUUACCUGCCGGAACAGUUUGCCGAAUCAUUGCAGAGCUCGCCGAUAUCGUCCAACAGAGCUGGACCGACGUCUCCGUGCAACACGUCGGUAGCCGAGUCGACAGCAGGCAAGCGGGAGCACUAUGUCCAGACUCUUGGUCCGACGUCCUUCAUUACAAAGAGCACCGAGGUCACCAUCUUACCCCGGACGAUAGAAAACGACAUCGCAGAAAUGGUCUCGCAUAUUACUAUUACGGCGGAACCGGUCAAGGAAGAGCCGCCGACGCCUCCCCGCUCGCCAGCAAGACAACCUGCGGUUCCAGCCAUGGCCAGCCCGGUCAUGCUUGACACGCCUGUAAACCUGUUCCCAACCCAUUUCAACCAGAAACAAUCACUACGGCACGUGUCUUCAUGGAUGACUGCGUUCAAGCCUAACAACCCAGACGCCUGGAAGCCCCCAGAUGCGUGGGACUGCGGUCCUUCACCAGAAGUGCGAACCCCGAUGGUGGAGGACGUCAUCGGCGAGACCUUGGAGGUAGAUGAUGGACUCGCCAUGUCCAUGGACCUUGGCAGCAUGCAGCGUGAGAUCAGACGCAUGGCCGCCGCAAGCCACAGUAUCCGCCUUUUGCGCCUGAAAGAGGUCUGGGGCGACACAACCGACGCCAACCUCUACAAGGAACUGGAAAUGGAGAAAAAGAGGUGGAUGCUCUCGACGUUGCACAAUAUGGACAAGCAGGCGGAUCAGAAUCAGGCGGUCCACCCUGAUAAGAUUACUCCGGCCAAAGCGAAGAAGGUUCUGGCACUCUACGAGACUCAAGCAACUACCUCAUACUUGGCUGCCCUCCACUUUAACAAGCAAGUCUACCACCUGUCAUCCGCUCCUCUGUCUCAUACCCUCUUCCCCAACAUACACCCGGUUCUUGUGCCGGCAAUCUCGCCAUCGGCCUUUCCAGUGGCACCCUCUCUGUUUGGCGUAGCCUACUCCCUGGCACUUCCGGCACUGUUGCCAUCGCCUGAAGUCCCCGGCCUUCUCAGAAAUGUCCACCGGUGUCUCGCCGUUGGUGGAGCCCUUCAUCUGACACUGAUCGAUCCCCUCCCGAUCAAAAGCACUCUCGGUCCUCUUAUGCGCUCAUGGAUUGAGGAAAAUCUCAUUUUCAACCUAGAAAAGAACUUCCGCUGCAUGAACCCGAGCAAGCUGUUCCCCCUUUGGCUCGCAGAUGCUUCUCUUCGUGGUGAGGGCAGUACCAUUACCACGGUCAAGUUCUGUGCCAUGCCGCCCAUCGAUAGGCCGGACACAGCCACGACAGACACCGAAUCGCUUGCAGACAGAGCCGUCAAACAGGAGCUGCGCAGCAUGGUUGGCCGAAUGCUCUGGAGGGAAGUCUGGGGGCAGUUCGUCACCGCCGACCAGUGGUGGUGGGAGCAGCCCGAAAUUGUUGCGGAGUGCGAACAGCUCCAGACAGCGUGGGAGUAUAGCAUUAUUGAGGCAGUCAAGACUUUGUGA